AUGGCUUACAGUUCCCGAGCUAGUCAGCAAUUCCAUCAUGGCAAUCAGCAGCAGCAUAACCGAAACCGGAAGCCAAAGGAAGACGACACCGAUGCCUUCCUCCGCCUUCCGGACAAGGUCAUUGCAGGAUGUAUCAACGAUAUCGGGAUUCCUUUUACGGUAGCGGACUUGCUGAAGCCGAACCCGCAGCAAAUACAGAUCAUUUUUGAAUGGUUCGCGGAGCUCUUCAUGAACACAACCCGGGAAACCGUGGAGCCUGCAAUGCGCGCAGCGGCGGAAGAUAUAUGUGGCGACCAUGCUGGAAUCAUUCCCCAUGAUGCCCGCAAUCUCAUGGGCUUCUUUGUUUCCUUGCGCAAGCUCAUGAUUCAGUGCGGAGUGCACGAUUUUACUUUCACCGACCUCACCAAGCCUACUUAUGAUCGGGUUGCCAAGAUAUUUUCGUAUAUGAUCAAUUUUGUCCGAUUUCGAGAGUCACAGACGGUGGUAAUCGACGAGCAUUUUAAUAAAUCCGAAAAUACCAAAUCCCGCAUCGAAGCCCUAUACGCCGAGAAUCAGGAGAUGGAGCAGCGUCUUGAAGAAAUGCAGAAUCAGCAGAAAGAAAUGGAAGGGGUGGUUAGGGAGAAAGUCAGGCGGAACGAUGAAUUAAAAGCAAGAUUGUUUGAGCUUCGACGGGACCAGGAACGUGUUGCGGAGACGUUUGAGAGAGUGAAAGGGGAAAAAUUAAAAGCCCAGGGCUUGCUGGAGGAGAAGACGGAGAAAUUGCUCAAAACUCGUCAAGAAAGCGAGAAGCUACGUCCUUAUGUGUCACAAAGCCCUGCAAUCCUUCAAGCAUCCCUAACGGAACUAUCGGAAAGUCUGACUCGGGACAAAAUUCAGAUCGAUAAUAUGGAGAGGAGGAUGCGGGCAUUGCAAAUGUCAAUGGAUACUUUUGGCAUCAUAAGCAAUGAUGUUCAAAGCUGUAUCAAGGUUCUAGAGGAUAUUUCAGCGGAACUGCAGAAGGAGGAAGAGGAAGACGCAAGGGCGAUCCGAAACAAGGACGCUUUGGCCGAGAGGGGAAACACAGUGAGAGAAGUUGCGCAAACAGAAAAACUACUUCAGAGGCAACUGGCCCGCUGGCAUGAACGGACAGAAGCAUUGAGAAAAAACGCCCGGGAAAAGGCCGAACAGGCCCAAAUCAGAAUGGAAGAAUUGCAUAACAUCCAGAAGCAGCUUCGAGAGGAGCGAGCUGAUAAACAGCGCGAUAUGGAGCGGAGGAAGAUUCGAAUUGAGCAAUCAGAAAAGAAGAUGGUUGACCUCAAGGAGAAUAUCGAAAAUGAGAUCCAUCGGGCACAUGACGAGUACCUAAAGAUGGAAGCGCAUAUUAAGCUCUAUAUUACGGAGAUGGAAAAGUGUCUGUGA